UGAAGAUUGAAACGAUGAAAUGCUAUGCGGAUGUUUUUGCAGAGUGUUGCAGAGAAGAGACCAAACUGUGAGCCAUGAGGGACAAGUUGGAGAUCCUCGCCAUGGUCCUGGGCUUCAUCGGCCUGAUUGGGACAGUAGCCAUCACUGCCAUGCCUAGUUGGAGGGUCUCUGCCUUCAUCGGUGCCAAUCUCAUCGUCAUGGAGGAGUUGUGGGAGGGCUUGUGGAUGAAUUGCUUCAAACAGAUUGACAUUAGGAUGCAGUGUAAGGUGUACGACUCACUGCUGAUCCUCCCCUCAGAGCUGCAGGCUGCCCGGGGGCUCAUGUGCGUUUCCAUCGUCUUAGUUGUCAUCUCCUUGUUUGUCACAGGAUGUGGAAGUAGGAGCAGCACCUGUGGUGGUGAGAACAUAAAGUGCAAGAACAUCACUCUGGCCGUAGGGGGGUGUUUGUACCUGAUGUCCUGUCUGACCACACUGGUCCCGGUCAGCUGGGUGGCCCACACUGUCAUCAGGGACUUUUACAACCCUCAGGUGACAGACGCUCAGAAACGGGAGCUGGGCAGCGCCCUCUACACUGGCUGGGCCACAGCUGGUGUUCUGCUCAUCACAGGGGUCAUCGUACUGUUCAAAUACAGCAGGAACAGACGUAAAGAAGAAGAAGUGGCUUAUGCUGCUCCCUAUCACAUGGCUAUGGAGGAUAACAGCAUCAGCAUUACCAGAACUUUGUCUGGAUCACAUAAGCAUCAUGAAUAUGUGUGAUCACACUGCAAAGAUGUUACUGUUGGAUUGCUGAUGUGAUUUCACAUGAAUGUUGAAACGAUCGCCGCAAUUUACUGUACGUUCACAUCUUAACCACACACUGCAACAACAAAGGCUUUUUAUUUUACACUGUAAAUAAAUCACAUCUUAACUGCACAUGGUUAACAGCAGACGGCAAAUGUUUUCAUUUUCUAAAAUCCAGAAUUCUUACUUUUACUUCAGUUCCAAUAAGACUUAAAUCUAAGGAUUCAAAGUGUAAUUAAAAAA